GAGUCUGUGGUCAUAAGCGGUCAGCAGCAACAGCAGCAGCAAAACCAAUCAAGUCACAGGUAACCACUCCAAUCCCAAAGCUUUCUCGAUCGAUAUAUAACUUCUUAAGUACUGGGUAACUUCAAUUCAACUCUGCUGUGCAGGCUCGGAAUCAGAAACCUGGUGCUGGAGUCAGCACCGAGCUUGAGGGUUACUGGGUUUGCUCUGGCGACAUGGACGAAUGCUUGGAGAGCUCUGGAUGCUCUUGGGUUAGGGGACGCCCUUCGCCAGCAACAUAAGCUGAUUGAUGGAGUGGUGCUUGCUUCCACGAUUACAGAACGGACCAGCGCAGAGGUGCCUUUCUCUGGUAACGGACAUGAAGCUCGGUGUGUGCAGAGGAAGCUGUUGCUUGAAGCCAUGGAGAAUGAGCUUCCGGAGGGCACUAUCAGGUACUCAUCAAAUGUUGUUUCCAUGGAAGAUUCGGGAUCGGAUUCUGGGUGCUUAGUGAAGUCACUGCAUCUUUCUGAUGGCACCGUUAUCAAAACUAAGGUGUUGAUCGGCUGUGAUGGAGUGAAUUCCAUGGUGGCUAAGUGGCUAGGAUUCAGCAAGGCAGCAUUCACUGGAAGAUCAGCAGUUAGAAGCGUUGCAAUAUUCCCACAAGGCCAUGAAUUCGUCUCUAAGUUCCUUCUGUUUGUUGGGAAGGGCUUUCGAGCUGGUUGUAUUGCUUGUGAUGACAAAACCUUGUACUGGUUCUUCACUUGGACACCCUCUACCCAAGAGAAGGAUCUCCAAGAUAACCCCGCUAAGUUGAAGGAAUUUGUACUAAGCAAACUCCAGAACACACCUGACAUGAAGAAAGUCGUGGAGAACAUUGAGACAGAAAGAAUCAUGUCCUCCCCAUUACGAUACAGGCGGCCAUGGGAGGUUCUGAUGGGGAACAUAAGCAAAGGCAAUGUCUGUGUUGCAGGGGAUGCCCAAACCAUAUAG